AUUUUAAAAUUUUCGAACAAAAAUUAGAAAAUUUUACAUUUUUAACCGAAACAUUCGUGGGCUUGUGCACCCCCACUUUACACUAAUCUCCGCCAGUGGUAAGUCUAGAAUAGAAGUCGUCGUCAAUCGCAAUGGGAUAUUUCCUCAGCUUCUUCACCCUGUUUUUCUCUUACAUUUACCUUUUCCUUUCGAAAUUACUCAUCUUUCACAAACCUACAACCCUCUUGUGUUGUUGGUCUUUUAAUAAAUGGCGCAAAGUCAACCCCUGAAACGGAUUCCACUUGAAGAUGAAGAUCGAAUCAGCAGAUUACCCGAUUGCUUGCUUGUCGAAAUCCUUUCUCGUAUACCCUCCACAAAAGACGCCAUUAGAACUGGUACACUCUCCAAACGAUGGAAACAUCUCUGGACUUGGGUUUCUCGUCUCGUUUUCCUACAUCCUUAUGAAACUCACUGUCGCACAAACCCCGAUUUCUUUUCUUUCGUUGACCAAACUCUAACCCAACGUCGCCCGUUAAAGCUUCAGAAAUUCAAAGUCCAUAGCCGCUACAAUCAUCACCUUGAAUCUCAUAUCCACAACUGGAUUCGUUAUGCUGUAAGUUGUAACGUUGAAGAUCUCCAUUUGACUCUAUGGGGUCUGGAGCGUAGAACAGAGUUUCCGCUAGAUCAGUUUGUUUUCGUCAGUUCAUGUUUUACACAUCUCACAUUGGCCGGUUGUACGUUUAAUCCCACUGGGGCGAUUAGUUGGGAAAACCUUAGGAGUUUGCGUAUUUGGUGUGGGAAUUUAGAUGAAGAUUUGAUUCAAAACGUGUUAUCCGGGAGUCCUGUAUUGAAGACGUUGGUGUUGGACAACUGUUAUGGUUAUAGGCGGUUAAAUAUCACGUCGAAGAGUGUUAAGAAUUUGGUGUUCUCUGGAUAUAUGCAUCGUCGUAUUUCUGAUGUAUCGGAUGUUAUCGAAAUCAAUGCUCCGAAUAUUUUGUCACUGAAAAUUGAGGAUGAUUUGAUGUUGUGGAAGCUUUUGUUGCUAGAUGUGUCUUCUUUAGUUGAAGCUCGCUUAGAUUAUACCAAGCGUUUUAGGCAUUCUGGGACAACCGCUGAAGAAGCAAAAGAAGCUGAAGAAGAAGAGAUGCUUACAGGAUUUAUACUCAACCUUCUCCAUGUCAAGCACCUCAAAAUCGGGAUUUCUUGUUUUAAGGUCCUUACUCGUUUGAAAGCUAAAGGUUUCCUUCCUCCAUCGAACUUAAAGAUCCUCAAUCGUGCUUCUUCAUCUUUAUAUGACAAUGGUCCCAAAGGUUAUAUAUUAUACUGACUAGAAAGCUACACUUGUGAUCCGACAAAGUUUAAGAUUUGAACAUGAAACAAGAAGACUGAAACACGUGACCUGAUCUUGAAGACGAGGCCAUAAUUCAAAAAAGUACUUUGUGGUUCUUCCGGUUACAAAAGCAAGUUGAUGCUAUUACCAGUAGUAGCCUGGGAGGAUGAUGCUUGAGUGAUUAUAUUCUGGAAAAUUAAUAUGUUUCCCUUCUUUAAUUUUUAUUUUUUUACAGUGUUUUGUUGAGCCUAACUACAACUACAAUUGCAUUCAGUGAUGAAGAAAAUUGGAUGAUAUUCCUCGGUUAUGUAAUAAGUUCUGACAUUCUGCUUUUUGUA